GGGAGGGGGGGGGGCAACCUUGCAUUUCCGCCACAAGCACGAGGAUUUUAUUUUGAAAGGGCUGCCCAAAAGAACAGUGCGUGUUUUCUAGCUGGUUUCACACUAGUUCCGCGUGUUGAUACUGACGAGAGGAACGAGGAAAAAUAAGAUUUUUGCGUCGCAAAGACACGAACCGGAGGACAAUGGACAUGAAGAAGCGGGUCUCGUUAGAACUGAGGCACCGGUCGCCGACAGAGGUCCAGGAGCUGGUCCUGGAUAACUGUCGCUCCAGCGAGGGCAAAAUCGAAGGGAUCACAGAGGAGUUCUCGAACCUGGAGCUGCUCAGCCUCAUCAACGUCGGCCUGACCAGCGUCGCAGACGUCCCCAAACUGGACAAACUCAAAAAGUUGGAGCUGAGUGACAACAGGAUAUCGGGCGGUCUGGAGGUCCUGGCGGAGCGGCUGGUCAACCUAACACACCUGAACCUCAGCGGGAACAAGUUCAAAGACAUCAGCACCCUGGAGCCUCUGAAAAAGUUGCUCCACCUGAAGAGUCUGGACCUGUUUAACUGCGAGGUGACCAACCUGGCUGACUACAGGGAGUCAAUCUUCAAGCUCCUCCCCCAGCUCACCUACCUGGACGGCUACGACAUCGACGACUGCGAGGCCUCCGACUCUGAUGGAGAGGGAGAUGGGGUCGACGACGAGGAUGAAGAAGAGGGCGGGUCUGAGGGUUUUGAGGAGGAGGAGGAGGAGGAGGAGGACGUAGUGGCUGAAGAUGAUGACGAUGACAGCAGCAGCGAAGACGAGGAUGGAGAGGUGAAUGGAGAUGUGGACAGUGAGGAGGAGGAGGAGGAGGAAGAAGAAGAAGAGGAGGAGGAUGACGAGGACUUGUCUCCAGCCAAAGGAGAGAAGAGGAAGAGGGACCCCGAGGAUGAUGAGGAUGAAGAUGAUGAAUAAGGACCCCGCACACCCCUGUGACCCUUGCACCCCACCUUGCUUCCCCCUCUGCUCAGCCCCACAUCCCCUUUUUGAGACUGGUCUCUUCCCACUGCGCUCCUGUCGGCUCCCCCUUCACUCAAACCAAACGACUUCCGUUAACUCGCAAAGCUCAUUUUUAUCAUUCGAUUUUUACUCCCGGUCCCGAGUCGUCCAUAGUCGUAGUUUUAAAUUCAUACGUCCACAGUUUGAACCACGGUGUGGUUCUUUAACAGACGCGUACAGACUCUGUAUGUCAUUUAAUAGCAGUCGCCUGGAGAAAGUACCUGUGUGUUUGUAGUGAUACACCAAUAAGACAUGACACCUUCGAUUUGGCAGCACGGAUCAGAACCUCGACUAAUGAGUCAUCAUUGUUGUCUCAGUUAAUUGCUUGGUCUAUGAAAACUCAGUUUUAAUUUCCUAAAGCUGAAAGUGAUGCCUGGAGACGUCUGUGAAGUGUUGCAGACGAGGAAGAGCAGCAGCACGUCUUCAUUUUACAACCUGGAGCCAGACGUAGUUUGGAAACAGUCGCUGGAUCAUCACAGUAGUUACUGUUAACUCAUCAGUUAAUCCAGUGAUUGUUUCAGGCCUACAGCAGAUCACGUCUAAAGAUCAGCUUACAGAGCACCACCCUGCUCCACCUCUGACAAGUAUUGUAGGGUUUUGCUUUGGUGACUAAAAUGGGAAGGAAAGUACAGCCUCCCAAGGCGCAGCCCAGACCCUCGUGUGACGGAUAAAACCACGUCGUCUUUCUGCACCAUUAAUUUUCCUUUUGCCUGUAAGUUGCUGUUCUGACAGGUACAACACAAGUCACUGGUAUAUUUAUUACAACAGGCAAACAUUUUGGGAAUUUCUCCCAGUGUGGCUCCAGAUUCGAACACAUUAACGAACAGUAAACGCAUCAUCAGUUGUAAGAAGCUCUUAACCGAAGCUCCGCGGAGGCCAGACCCCUCUUGACUGCAGUUUUCUUCAGGUUGAGAUAUUUUGUGCUCAGGACAGAAGCUUCUGUUUUGUUUCCUUGUCUCAGAUGAUAUAAAAUCUUUUUUUCAAAGUGUCGUCAUGAUGACAUUACCUUUCAGGGAGGUAGCGGCACCUCUGGGAUGCCGAAGAAAACCCCUUCCUCGCUGACAUCAUCACUCUGGGACUGAACCAGCUGCUGUGAUGUCAUUGCCGGGCUCACAAGAGGCCCAGUGCCCCGUCCCCCACUCCCCGCGGCCGAGCGCGCUCAGGGCAAACUGUUUUCUCUUUUUGGCCAACAGAGCUUUUUAAAAGAAGUAUUUUUUCAAAGUUGUUUUGCUGAUGUGUGUGGUUUUCUGGGGACGCUCCGUCUCCCUCCCCCUCUCUGCCUCUUUGUUUCCAGCUGCUCCUUCACUGACUAGUUUUUCUUUUUUACUUUAUGUAAGUUAAAGGAAAAACAAACAAAAAAACACAAAUGGACAUUGUAAAUAAAAUCUUAACAUUUUCCUCCUGGCGUCUCCUCUCUCGCCUUUUGUUGUGACCUUCCCCCCGUUUUGUCUGC